AUGAGAAUCGCUUCCAUCAUAGGCGCUCUUACGGGCCUUCUGAGUCUGGGCUCGGCCGCGUCCCUCACCAACCCUCUGAAGAAGACGAAUGGGUCCGACCCUUUCAUGGUCUACGCAGAUGGAUACUACUACCUGAUGACCACGACGUGGACCAACUUGCAGCUCACCAGGGCGAAGACGCUGGAAGGCCUGAAGAACGGCGAGACCAAGGUUGUCUGGACCGACACCAACUCUGCCAGGUGCUGCAAUGUCUGGGCACCCGAGAUCCACAAGAUUGACAACACGUGGUACAUCUACUAUACCGCAGGCAAUGGCAACAACUUGGAUGGACAGCGCCCGCACCUGGUCCUACGCUGGCAGCUGACCAACGACUGGGGCAUUGACGGCAGCGUGCUCCGCGUGUCGAACCAGAACUACUUCGUCUGGUCGUGCUUCCCGGAGCCGGACGUGCAGUCGCUCUGCAUCGCGCCCAUGACCUCGCCCACGUCGAUCGGCUCCCGCAGCGUGCUCUCGCGGCCGACCAACGCCUGGGAGCGGGUCGGCAGCCCGCCGGCGGUGAACGAGGGCGCCGCGCCGCUGUACCACAACGGGCGCGUCUUCCUGGCCUACAGCGCAAGCUUCUGCUGGACGAGCAGCUACCAGCUCGGGCUGCUGACGUAUAAUGGUGGCGACCCGACUAGCAGCAGCAGCUGGACUAAGACGGGCCCGUACUUCAGCUCUGCGAACCGGAACUAUGGCCCUGGACACAACGCAUUCUUCACCAGCCCCGACGGCAAGGAAGUCUGGAAUGUGUAUCAUGCGACGUGGAUCCAGUCGGGCGCUUGCGACGGCAACAGGUAUACGGCCGCUCAGAAGGUCAACUGGCGCGCGGAUGGCACCCCUGACUUUGGCUCGCCGCAGCCGACGGGCACGGUUCUAGUUGGUCCGUCGGGGGAGUAAGAGACGGGCAGCAAGAGAGUGCUGUGCCUCAAUACAUCCCGUAUGGCUCCAUGAAAGCCACAAUUAAUGUGGAUAGAUGCUCAUAGCUGAAUAGAGGACGGCAGAGCAGGU